ACUUGAGUCCUGAUCUACUUUGGAGAACGUGAUUCUAAGCCUCCCGAAAGAUGUCUUAUCAACAGCAGCAGUGUAAGCAGCCCUGCCAGCCACCUCCUGUGUGCCCACCUAAGUGCCCUGAGCCAUGCCCACCUCCAAAGUGCCCUGAGCCAUGCCCACCUCAGCAGUGCCAGCAGAAAUGCCCUCCUGUGCAACCCCCUCCACCAUGCCAGCAGAAGUGCCCACCCAAGAGAAAGUAAGAGCUUCAGCAUCCAUCAGGAUCAGGGAAAGAUAAGGACAAUUGGCUCACCUCGUUCCACAGCUCCACCUUCAA